AUGAACUCCACAGUGUUUGUAAUAUUUGAUAUACCGCCUGCAGAUCCUUGGACAAAACACAUACCCUUACUCAACUCAGCAUGGCCUGUUACACUAAUCGUUUUGGCAUAUUUAUUAUUUGUCUUAAAGUACGGGAAAAUAUUUAUGGAGAACCGCAAGCCGUACAAUUUGAAAAAUGUUAUACUCGCUUAUAAUAUCUGUCAGGUGAUCUACAAUGCAGCUAUAUUUAUUAUGGCUGUCUAUUAUCUCUUCAUCGAUCCCACGUAUGACCUAUAUUGCAUAGACACCCUAUCGCUAGACCAUCCGAGAAAGAAUAUCGAACGCUGGCUAACGUAUGCCUACUUUCUCAACAAGGUGCUCGACCUGAUGGACACCCUGUUCUUUGUGCUGCGCAAGAGCUACAAACAGAUUACACCGCUCCAUGUUUACCAUCACAUGAUGAUAGUAUAUACCAUUUACUGGACGGUUCGGUUCUACGGUGUCGGCGGCCAGUAUAAUACAAUGGGCUUAUGUAAUUCGUUUGUGCAUACCGUUAUGUACUUCUACUACUUCAUAUCGGCCAUGCGCCCGGGACUUAAGAGCAGCCUCUGGUGGAAGAAGUACAUCACGAGGAUACAAAUAGGUCAAUUUAUAAUAUUGUUUAUGCAAGCUGCAUUAGGUGUAUACUAUAUCAUCCUUCAUCCGGCGUACGACCUACGAUGCAUGGAACCCGGUGCGGAAGACCAUCCGGAUAAGAGUGUAGAGCGCUGGAUAACAUGUAGCUACUUCCUGAAUAAAGUGUUAGAUCUGUUGGACACUGUGUUCUUUGUGCUGCGAAAGAGCUACAAACAGAUAACUAUACUCCAUGUUUACCAUCAUGUUCUGAUGGUUUUUGGAGUAUAUUGGUUGGUGCGACUGUACGGAGUCGGUGGCCAAUACAUGAUGACGGGAUUCUUUAACUCCUUUGUGCAUACCGUCAUGUAUUUCUACUACUUUAUUUCGGCAAUGUAUCCGGAGCUUAAGAGCAGCCUCUGGUGGAAGAAGUACAUCACGAGGAUACAAAUCGGUCAAUUUAUUCUAUUCUCUUCCAGUCUACAGUAA